AUGCCCUCCGCCGAAUACCAUAUACCAACCUUGAAAACACCAUGGAUCGAAACACCGCUUGUCGAAUCGGCUGCUCUAUCUCGGGCCGCAGGGUGUAGGAUCUUCUUGAAGCUGGAGAAUGUCCAGCCAAGUGGCUCAUUCAAAUCUCGGGCCAUGGGCAACCAGAUUCUGUCUCAUCUUCGCAAGCCGGAAUAUGCGAACCGCCGAAUUCAUUUCUACGCGUCGUCCGGUGGAAACGCCGGAUUGGCUGCUGUAUGUGCUGCCCGAACUCUGGGGUAUCCCUGCACUGUUGUGGUGCCCCUCUCCACGAAGCCCUUGAUGCUGGAGAAACUGCAGGCAGCCGGUGCAGCGGAUGUCAUCCGCCAUGGUGAAACAUUCUUCGAGGCCGGUUCCUACAUGAAGGAAGUUGUUAUGACGACAAGCUCCGGUGAGGACGAGGAUGUAGCCAAGAUUGCACUACACCCAUUUGACAAUGAGCCCAUCUGGGAGGGCAAUGGCACUAUUGUUGACGAAUUGCAAAAGCAACUUCCGCCUGCCGCUAAUGCCGAGGAAGAGCAGGUUUACCGGGGACGUGCACUCCCUCUUGAUGCCAUUCUCUGUAGUGUUGGCGGCGGUGGGCUACUCAACGGCCUCGUUAUGGGAAUCGAAAAGCGACGGUCUAAGAAGCAGAGGGACAAUGGAUUUUCCAGCACCAGCCACUCCUACUUGGACACCUCUUUAGAAACCACCACAACGGAAAUAACAACCACUUCCUCCAUUCCAAUCUCCAGUACUCCCAGUCCCAUCAACCUUGUCGCCAUCGAAACAGACGGCACCGAUUCAUUGGCCGCGGCUAUCGCUCAUAAAUCGCUUGUCUCUCUCCCCAAGAUCACCUCUCAGGCCACUUCCCUCGGCGCCAUCCGUGUCUCAGAAACCACAUUCCGAUAUGCUGUUUCCCCUCCGCCUGGUAUCAAGGUUCACAGCACAGUUCUCACAGAUGCCGAGGCAGCACGAGGCGUUCUCCGCCUGGCGGAUGAUGAGCGACUUCUUGUCGAACUUGCAUGUGGGGUCUGUGUCGAAGCGGCCAUUGGCGAUGCUGCGACUGCCGCGGCUGCGGAGUCGGCGACUCCUGUCACUGAGGGUCAAAGCUCCAAGAAGCGCAAGAGAGACCUUGAUGACUCUGCCUCCCGGGAUGAGGGCUACGGCGAUGACCGGUCGUCCUUGGCCGAUAAUGAGGCGGAUCCUGAGUCUAGGCCGGAAGCCCGCGAGACUAAGCAGGCUAUCCCGGCAAAGACCCCCGAGCUCACAUCCAAGUUGAAGCAACUCCUGCCUGAUCUCACCCCCCAGAGCAGGGUUGUGAUCAUUGUCUGUGGCGGUAGUAAUGUAACCAUCGGGAUGGCUGGCGAAUAUCGGAAGAUGUUAUCUGAGGGAUGGGUUUGA